CUUCACGUCUGCCCCAUGGAAUUAUCUCUCUUCAUUGCUAUAAUCACUCUUGCUCUCGCUAGUCCGGCUUCAGCAGGUCCAGCCGCCUACGGAGUGUGUCAGGCGGGUUGUUCUGCAAUAGUCAUGGCAUGUUACUCUGCAGCUGGUUUUACUUGGGGAGCUACCCUCGGUGCUUCCGCACCUGCUAGUAUCAUUGCCUGCAAUACCGCCUUUGGUACUUGCCAGGCUGCCUGCGCCGCUGUGAUUCUGACUCCAACGCCGUAGAAGGAGAUAUUCAACGUUCAUGUACAGAUCUUAUACGACGAAAUGACAAAAAAAAGAUGAGUAUGAAAAGCAAGAUAAAAGAAUCUCAAUGCAAUCUGAACAUUUAUCAUCUUGAUUAGAUAGUUACGUCUUUUUUUUCAGAUGCAAUUAUUGAUUACACCACAGUAUGAAUAUUUGGUGCACCUUAUCCAAGUUGGCACUAGAGCAAUUCGCUCAUACUGUCUACUAACUAACAGUGAAAGACGACAAGACUGGAGUAUUGCAAAUCUGAUUCAUUGCAGACAGCCAGACUGAUUUUCGAGUUUGAGUCUUUUGAGAUGGGCGAUCGGUUGUAGAGAACAAUCUCAGCU